GGCCGCUCGUGCUGCGCUCCGGUUGUGUUCCGCUGGGCCACAGAAAGUUUCGGUUCUGCCCGGCCGUGGACCCACGAGCGCGUGCACCAUGGAAUGUGACCUCUGCUGACUGGACAGCCACAGAGGACUGAAGUUCUAAGCCUUUCUCUGGACACAGGCAGGAGGCUCCCAGCCAAGGGACAGCAACUGCUCACCAUGGCCUCCAGCAGCGCAGAGAGCCAGCUCCAGAGAAUUAUCCACGAUUUGCAAGAUGCUGUGACAGAACUAAGCAAGGAAUUUAAGGAAGCAGGGGAGCCCAUCACAGACGACAACACCAGCUUGCAUAAGUUUUCUUAUAAGCUUGAGUAUCUUCUUCAGUUUGAUCAGAAAGAGAAGGCCACCCUCCUGGGCAACAGGAAGGACUACUGGGAUUACUUCUGUGACUGCCUGGCCAAAGUGAAAGGAGCCAAUGACGGGAUCCGAUUUGUCAAGUCUGUUUCUGAGCUCCGGACAUCUCUAGGGAAAGGAAGAGCAUUUAUUCGCUACUCCCUGGUGCACCAGAGGCUGGCAGACACCUUACAGCAGUGCUUCAUGAACACCAAAGUCACCAGUGACUGGUACUAUGCAAGAAGCCCCUUUCUGAAGCCAAAGCUGAGCUCAGACAUCGUGGGCCAGCUGUAUGAGCUGUCCGAGGUUCAGUUUGACCUGGCAUCGAGGGGCUAUGACUUGGAUGCUGCCUGGCCAGCGUUUGCCAGGAGGACUCUGGCUACUGGCUCUUCUGCUUACAUGUGGAAACCCCCCAGCCGCAGCUCCAGUGUGAGCAGUCUGGUGAGCAGCUACCUACAGACUCAGGAAAUGGCCUCCAGCUUUGAUGUGAACAGUCCCUUAAACAAUGAAGCACUGGAGGGAUUUGACGAGAUGCGGCUGGAGCUGGACCAGUUGGAGGUGCGGGAGAAACAGCUGCAGGAGCGAAUGCAGCAGCUGGACAAAGAGAACCAGGAGCUGAGGGCAGCUGUCAGUUCGCAGGAAGAGCAGCUGCAGGUGGAGAGGGAGAAGGGGUGCGCUGCCGCUGAGGAGAAUGCCCGCCUCACAAGCCUGGUAGCAGAGCUCCAGAAGCAGUGGGAGGUCACCCAGGCCACCGAGAGCACUGUGAAGGAGCUACAGAAGUGUCUGCAGGCCCUGGAGCUGGGUGUGGCAGAGAAGGAGGACUACCAGUCAGCCCUGCAGCAGCUAGAGUCCAUGCUGCAGCCCCUGGCACAGGAGCUCAAGGCCACGCGGGACUCACUGGGUGAGAAGAACCAGCAGUUAGUCAGUGUCCCGGCCUGGCCAGCCAGGGCUGAGCAGAAGGCAGAUAUGACCCUGGGCACAAUGGGACAGCAAGAGCCCAUCCUCAGCGACUCAGCCUUGGUGAUCCAGGAACUGGGGGCAAAGCUUCAAGCCCUAGAGGAGGAGAGCACCAGGGUCCAGGAGCUCAACAGGCAUCAGAGUGCCCAGCUGGAGCAGCUAACCAAGGAGCUGCAGCUGAAGGAGGAGGCCCGGGCCAGCCUGGAGUGCAUGGUGAAGGAGAUAGCCCUGCUCCGGGAAGAGCUGGCUGGGAAGGGGCAGGAGGCCGCCCAGCUCCGGUGCCAGUUGCAGGAGUCGCUGGCCCACAUGAGCACCCUGGAGGAGGAGUUGACAGAGGUGAGGUGCAAGGAGCAGCAGUGGCGGAAGGAAGAGGAGCUCCUGGAGCAGGAGGCCAGGUCCCUGACAAGGCAGCUACAGCUCCUGGAGACCCAUCUGUCACAGGUAAGCCAGCACGUGAGCAACCUGGAGGAGCAGAAGAAGCAGCUCAUUCGGGACAGAGACCACCUCAGCCAGAAGGUGGGGACACUGGAGCAGCUUGCUGGACAGCCAGACCCAGAGCUGCCCGUAGCAGGUGACAGGGGUGAGAUGCUGGCUCCUUUGCACUCCUCCCUGCCAAAGACCUGUGAGAAGCCAGAGGAGGAGCAGAGGGGCCCACAGGAGGGCCAGUUCAGUGAUACCACAGGCGGCCAGGAGGAGGAGCUCCAGCUGGCCAACAGGGAGCUGGAGAAGGAGCUGCAGAAGGUUGUCCAGCGCAACCAGCUCCUGGAGGGCAAACUGCAGGUCCUGCAGGCUGACUACGAAGCACUGCAGCAGCGGGAGGCAGCCAUCCGGAGCUCCCUGGCCUCCCUGGAGUCGGAGCAGGCCAGCAUCCGGCUCAUGGGCGACCAGAUGGAGGCGAGCCUCCAGGCUGUGCGGAAGGCUAAGGAGAUCAUGAGGGCCCGAGUGGCGGAGAAAGAUGCUGCCCUGAAGAGCAAGGAGGAUGAGUGCCGGCAACUGCGGGAGGAGGUGGAGCAGUGCCGGCAGCUGGCGGAGGCCCGGGACAGGGAGCUCCAGGCUCUGAAGAGCCAAUGCCAACAGCAGACCCAGCUGAUUCAGGCCCCCACAGCAGAGAAAGGCCAGCAGGGGCUCAGCCCACCCCAAGAUGACGCAUCCCGUGAGCUGGCGGCCCAGCUGGCCGUGUCUCAGGCGCAGCUGGAGAUUCAUCAGGGGGAAGCCCAGCGCCUGAAGUCUGAGGUGGUAGACCUCCAGGCCAAGUUCCUGGCAGCCCUGGAUGACCGGGAGAAGGCGCAGAGCCAGCUGGGUGUGGCUGAGGUAGUCCUGAGGGAGCACAAGGCUCUCGUGCAGCAACUGAGGGAACAGAAUGAAGCCCUCAACCGAACCCACGUCCAGGAGCUGUUGCAGUACUCAGAGCGGGAAGGGGCACUGCAGGAGGAGAGGGCUGGUGAGGCCCAGCGGAGGGCGGAGGAGCUCCGGGCCCUGCAGGAGGAGCUGACCCAGGUGAAGCAAGUCUCCGCGGAAGCCCAGCUGGAGCAGGCCGAGCUUCAGGAGCAGCUGCACCAAGCCAACACAGACACAGCUGAGCUCGGCAUCCAGGUCUGCUCACUGACAGCGGAGAAGGAGCAGGUGGAGGGGGCCCUAGCCCAUGCCAUCCAGGAGCUCCAGGACGCCAAAGAGGCAGCCUCAAGGGAGCGAGAAGACCUGGAGCGCCAAGUGGCCGCGCUGCAGCAAGAGAAGGAGAGCUUGCAGGAGAAGCUAAAGGCAGCUGAGGAGACAGCCGGCUCACUGGCUUGCCUGCAGUCCCAGCUGGCUCAGGCCGAGCAGCGGGCCCAGGGCCUCCAGGAGACCGCGCACCAGGAGCUCGACACCCUCAAGUUCCAACUGAGCAGUGAGAUCAUGGACUACCAGAACAGGUUUAAGGCUGCCAGUGAGGAGUGCAGAAGCCUCAGGGGCCAGCUGGAGGAACAAGGCCAGAAGCUGCAGGCUGCUGAGGAGGCUGUCAGGGAGCUGAAGGCCACCCAAGCAGACAUGGGAGAGAAGCUGAGAAGCACCAGCAACCACCUUUCAGAGUGCCAGGCAGCUGUGCUGCAGAAGGAUGAGGAGGGGGCUGCCCUGCGUGCAAACCUGGAAAGGACCCAGAAGGAUCUUGAAAAAGCCACGACAAAAUUCCAAGAGUAUUACAACAGACUUUGCGAGGAGGUGACAGACCGAGAGAGGAAUGACCAGAAGAUGCUUGCUGACCUGGAUGACCUGAACAGAACCAAGAAGUACCUCGAGGAACGCCUGAUAGAGCUGCUUAGGGACAAGGAUGCUCUCUGGCAGAAGUCAGAUGCCCUCGAAUUCCAACAGAAGCUCAGCACGGAGGAGAGGUGGCUCGGGGACACGGAGGCGAGCCACUGCCUUGACUGUAAGAGGGAGUUCAGCUGGAUGGUGCGGCGGCACCACUGCAGGAUAUGUGGCCGCAUCUUCUGUUACUACUGCUGCAACAACUACGUCGUGACCAAGCACAGUGGCAAGAAGGAGCGCUGCUGCCGGGCCUGCUUCUGGAAGCUUAGUGAGGGCCGCAGCUCCCCUGACAGCACUGGCUCGGGCAACAGCCAGGGAGAGCCCGGCCCCGUAUUACCACCAGCCCAGGCUGGGCACCAGGCCACCGGAGGCCAAGACUGCAGGCCGCCAGACGAUGCCGUAUUUGACAUCAUCACGGAUGAGGAAUUGUGCCAGAUUCAGGAGUCCGGCUCCUCCUUGCCUGAAACACCCACUGAAGCAGAUUCUCUGGACCCAAACUCAGCUGAACAGGACAACACAUCAAGCUCACUAACCCCAGAGGACACUGAAGACAUCCCUGCGGGACAAGAUACUGAGAUCUGCUUGCUGAAGUCCGGAGAGCUGAUGAUAAAACUACCCCUCACAGUGGAAGAGAUCGUCAACUUCGGGGAGGGCAACAGGGAGCUGUUUGUGAGGUCCAGUACCUACAGCCUCAUCCCCAUCACUGUGGCCGAGGCAGGCCUCACCAUCAGCUGGGUCUUCUCCUCUGACCCCAAGAGUAUUUCCUUCAGCGUGGUCUUCCGGGAGGCAGAGGACACACCGCUGGAUCAGUGUAAGGUCCUUAUUCCCAUGACCCGCUGCAAUUCCCACAAGGAGAACAUCCAGGGCCAGCUCAAGGUCCGCAUGCCAGGCAUCUACCUGCUCAUCUUCGACAACACCUUUUCAAGGUUUGUCUCCAAGAAAGUAUUUUAUCACUUGACAGUUGACCGACCUGUCAUCUACGAUGGAAGUGAUUUCCCGUAGCCUCAGGCACCUGGAUUUUAACAGCUUCACUUUAUCCACAGGAAACACUACUCUUCCUCACCUGUCACAUAAAGCACUUAAAAAACAGCAACGAAGAAAAAGGGCAGCAGCCCCUCUCCAAGCUAAUCAACUGUGCAGCCCAGCACUGCCCUUUCUGCACUACGCCAGGUCAUUCUUAGCCCUGUGACCUUUAAGGGCUCACGUGACUUUUCCAUUGAUUCAGGAGCCAGCUGUCCUCAGAUGCACAGGGACACUCUGCCAAAGUUUUAAACACUCAGGAGACCAUCAGCCCCUCCUGGGAACACAGUUGGUUAUAGGCCUUCCCCUGCGGAGAGUUUCCUGGGGAUCCCAACUUCCACCUGUAGAGAGAGAGGCCCUGCUCUGCCCGGCCCGGGGCCAGACAUCCUGGGUGACCAUGAGCUGGGAUGCCCUGGCCAGACCCUGUGAGUGCUCAGUCUUUGAGAUCCACAGGCCCUCCCAGGAAAAGGAGGCCACAGGGCCAUCAUUGGGAGUCAAGAUGCUCCAGAGCCCUGCAGAGAUGCCAGCCAGCUGCCACCUCCUGUCACACCCCGUCCCUCACUGCUCUAGUAAGUUUGGGGCUGCUCCAAAACUCAGCCAUUUUGGAGUGGCCUCUAAGCUGCACUUGCCUCCUGGCCCUUCUGUCUGGGUGAUUCUCUCCUUAAGCAAAGCUCUGCACUCAGGCAGGCCUCUCAGCAGCUCACAGCAUCACCCUAAGAGCAGAACUGAAGAUAAUCAGAGAAACAGAACCCGCCACUGUGCUAAAGGCUGCAGUGGCUGUGGAUACGCUGCAGCUAGAGCCCGAGUGCUGGCUCGUGGCAGCGCUGCGGCCGAAGCAGAAUUGUGGGUUGGCCUGCAGGGCUCGCUCCUCAGCUGGAAGCCUGCCCCUGUGCGUGCACACAGGAGCUCUGGCCUCACCAGCAGACGUGUGUUUACUGAUGAUCAGAACUGGGGUAAGAGCCACUUUCAGAACCUGGGCCUCUUCUCAAAAGCCCUUGGUAAGGCAAGUGUAAACAGAGGCAUCAUUCAUGGACUUGCUCUUUGUUCAUGUCUUGGUCUUUGAUGCCCACGCAUACCAAGCCCACUCCCCACCUACCAGAUUCCCCAAUAUCCUAUUUGCAUACUUCCUGCUGCUCAGCCCACAGCUGACACCCAGGAAGCAACUCCCCUGGAGGCAGUGAGUCCCCGUUUCCUAUUCCUGAAUAGGAAUUAAAUAAUCUUCCUGUUCUCUGUGGCCCUUUUUUCCUCCUACCACAGAGAGCUCACCUUUGCCAGCCUCUCUGUCCCUUGUUCGCAGAGGCCGGCCUCCUGUGGUCAGGUGUGGGCAUUUCCACAGGUGAGCAGAGCAUCUGACAAAAUGGCCCACUUUGACCUAAGGAAAACAGGUGGCCAAGUAUUAAGGAAAGCGCACUGGACAGGUUUUCUAAGGACCUGAGUUGUGGGCCCAGCUCUCCCUCUAGCCAGCCUUGCGACCCAAGUCAAGUCACACCGCCUCUCAAGGCUUUAUUUUAUCAUCCAUAACCUUUGUCUAACUGGUUUUGAAGGCUUGGGAACGGGUCAGGGGCCUGCAGGCCAAGUCCAGCACAGACUCCCAACCCUCCAUGCACCAGCAGCCACAGCAUCAACACCAGCAAAAAGAACUCCAACGAGGGCAAGGGUAAGAGGAAGUAACCCCCGAGGACUCAGACCUCUCAUCUGAACAGGAGAGUUGGGCACCUCCCGUCAGUUUAGAGGAGAGUGGGGAAUGGUGGAGAGAGCCUUUCAAAGGUUAGCCAGAGAGAAGCCAGGCCUCUUGUGUUCUGUCCUUGGGGCAGCCUCCUUGAGCAGAAAGCAAUCAGGUUCUCAUCCCCAACUGGCUAAGGCCCUGACAGUGCUUAGCACCAAAACGGAAAAUGACCAGGCCUCCAGAGACUCUUCCAGCCUCAUGCUUGUCCUCGCAGGUGUGCCACCCAGCCCGAGGAUUGUUCAAGAGCAAAUUACCCAGCCUGUGCAUCCAUCUGCCCUCUUGCAAAGGAUAGUCAGAAGUCAGCCGGGCUCCUGCAAGAAAGAAACAAAAUGUGUACAGAAGAGAAACCAAAGCAGUCUGGGGUCUCCUUUUCAGUGCUCAGCUUUCCCAGGAUGUCAUGGGGACUUGCCAAGCCGAUGACCUUCUGCUGGUGUCACCACCAUCAUUUGCAACAAGAACCAACGUUGACUGAGCAGCUGAUGUGUUUGGGGCCAGUGAAAGGCCGAGGGCAUUUUCUUCUAUCUAAGGUCCAUUCUGAGCCCCACUCUGUCACUCAGCACAGCAGAGGACCAAUUACAACUUAAAAAACAACAUGGCUCUUACGAAGCCAACCCAGAGCCCCUCAUCUAGGAGAAUGGCGGCUGCUGAGUUGGGCAGCACCUUGAACGCUGACUGUGAUGGUACAAGAAAGGUCCUUUCUGCAUUCAGAGGACUGCCCAGUCCCUCAGCAGUCAUUUCUCUAACUCUGGUUUCAUUAGCGUAGCUAUUUUUGUGUGCUGGACAAACUCUUAAACUUAGUUUGCUGUUCGAGCUCAAGUUUGCUGUGAGUUAUGCAGUUAGCUCCUUGGCCUAUUUAAGUGUGACUUUUAUCAACAGCUUUAUUCUUAUUUUCCAUAGGUGUGCAACGUACUGAGGUUUUUUGGUUGAGAUAACUUUUUUUAACAAAAAUACAAAUGACAAUUGAAGAGCCACUGUUGAAGGUGGUAGCCCCAACUAGACAGAGGUGCCCUAGAAAUCAACAAGAAGGCAAAAUGGCCUUGGGAUCCACAUCACUAUUCAAAAGGGGAGGAGGCAGCCCCUUGAUGGCCUAGCUGUCUGAAUAACAGUUGUUUUGUAUUAUUGCUGCCAGCUGCCUUGUUCAGCACUGCCACUGAAGCCACUGCUUAUCUCCUGGGCAGCACACCAACCCCAGUCAGCCAACCUCCAUCACCAAGAACAGAUGUUUGGCGAAGUGUUUCUGUGUCUGAGCGGGCCCUGCAGAGAGCACUGCUGAUUUAAGCGCCCUGAACUCCGAGCAGUCUCGAACAAGAGCAGGGAAAGGGAUUUUCAAGCAGGAAUCUGGAACUGGAAAAAACCCACGUGUUUGGAAAACAGAGAUGAAAAGCCACAUAAUACAACUCAAAAAUAAAGGGAGUGGCUUUUCUGAAAUGUUGCGGUUGUCUCCGAAGGUGGUAAAGCCAUUCCAGGCCCAGACAAAAUGAGAAUUUGUGUUACGAUACUUGUUAGACGUCCACUGGUGCCAUUUUAUAGGGCUUUCAUUUUUAAAAGUCCAGCUUGGUAAUUCUACACGUAAGAAGCCUUUAGGUCAAGGAACCACCCUUGGCUCAAAGGUGCUGAGCAUUAAAUCAGAGAGAAGCUUUUGUGAUGCUUAGAACCAAGGACCUCCAUUUACUCAGGCCAUUGAGACAGCCACCCACGUUUACCCAAAAAGCACUCUUCAGUGGAACUCUGGGUAAGUUUUUCCCACUUUAUCUGGUUCUUCCAAGGAAACAGGAAAGACUGAAUUAAUUCCCUUUUCCCUCUUGAGCACUUUUUAAAAAAUAAUAAAGUAUAUCUUUAAACUUCAGGAGGCAUCUCUGAAAAAAGGCUUCCUUAGCGCCUUAGGAUGCGUGUUAUCCAGAGACACCUCCGCUCCUCUGGGGGCUGCAGAGCACUAUGCAAGCCUCGGUUGGAUGGCUUGAAAAUUAGAAUUGCACUUUAGUUGACUAAUCUUCAAUCCACAUGGCCUUAUGGGCUAGCGGGUCUGAGAACCCCAUUUCAUUCAUAUCUGCCAAAGAAUUACUCAGAAGCACAUCAGAUGCCAACACCCCACCUACACAGUGGGGGAGGAACUUUUCUAUCCCAAAACAUAUCUCUUUGGAGUGUCUGCUAUGCCAUUCGGAAAUGUUUUUUUAACAUCAGGAUUUAAAUAAAGUGAACACUAU